UGCUGGUUGGUGCAAUAUUCUUGUCUUUGAACACAGAUUUUAGCCAGAGGAAUCUUUUGCUCAGAUGACCAUGUGAUUAAAAAGGAACAAUGGUGGCUAAGUUUCCAGUUAUUGAGACAUGAAGCAACUCAGGUUUUGGAGAGCAUCGCAUAUGGUGAAACCAGGUGACAAAUUCAUCACCUCUUUCUACCUCAGUAUAGAGAAUGCAAUGCUUGCUGCAACCCAGAUGGAAAACUGAAAUAGAAACAACAUUACUGGUCGUGGAGUACUGGAUGAAGGCACUACCAGGUUUACAUGCAAGGGCAAACCAGUCUAUCACUUCAUGGGCACCAGUACUUUUACUGAAUACACAGUGGUGGAUGAAUUUGCCCUUGCUAAGAUUGAUGCUGCAGCUCCUCCUGAGAAAGUCUGUUUAAUUGGAUGUGGGUUCUCCACUAGAUAUGGGGCUGCUAUUAAAACUGACAAGGUUGAUGCCCUCGCAUCCUGCCAUAUGAACUAUGGGACCAGCGUGGUGGUUGGCACGCCUCCAUCCGCCGAUAUGCUCACCUACAAUCCUAUGCUACUCUUCACUGGACGCAUGUGGAAGGGAUGCAUUUUUGGAGGUUGGAGAAGCAGAGAUGAUGUUCCAAAGCUAGUGACUGAUUUCCUGGCAAAGAAAUUUGACCUGGACCCGUUGAUCACCCAUGUUUUACCUUUUAGAAAUAUCCAAGAAGGAUUUGAACUGCUCUAUUCAGGGCAAAGUAUAGUUGAGGAAAAUGGAAAAGCAGAUGAAAAAUUUGUGUUUGAUGGAAGCACCAAAUCCUGCAAUGCUGGACCAGCUGUGCAACUUACAAAUACCAUAUCCUCCCACUUUAGUUGUUCACAGCCCAGAACUGCUUUAGGAACUAGAAAAAAGGCAUGGAAAAUGGUCUGUUACUCAGCAUGUAAAUCAUCUUCCAGCUUACAAACAAUUUCAUAG